AUGAAUACCCCAUUUUUAAAAACAUAUUAUCGUCGAAAUGCACAUUAUUUAUCUCGUGAGCAGAUUGAAGAAAUUAGGAGGCUCAAGAACAAAGUUCCUAUAUAUAAAGUGAUUGGUGAUUAUCAUAUAUGUAAAGAGCGCGUUCUUGAUAUAUGGAAUAAUUGUGAGCGUCUUCAACAAGGAGGAAAUUAUAGACACACUCUAGAAACCCCUAUCGAUACUUCAAAUAAGCAGGUUAAGAAAAAAAAAUCGAGACCUAAAUUGGUUCAAAUUUCUGACUCACCUGAUGUUAUUAAUAAGGGUGAUACAUCCAAAGAUCCGAUAAAAAACGAAAUUACUGAAGACAGUCACAAAGUAGCUAUUUUACCAACUGAAGAAUCAUCCUCCGAAGAUGUCUUGGAUUUGUUUAAGAGAACUAAUAGUGAUAUAGAAAAAAUUAGAGAAUCUGGUCGUGCUCUUAUUCGAUCUUAG